AUGCUGGAGCUGCUGGCUUACCUCCAUGACUCGGAGCUUGUGGCGGGGUUCCAGAGACGAUGCGGACUCUUCCUCGUUGAAGCCGGUCAUCACAGCCAAGAGAUGAUCCGCUCUGAGACUGGAACCCCUGUCCAAGAUGAGAAACCACGUGGACAGAUGAGGAGAAGCUGGGAGCACCAGGACAACAAUUCAAAUUAUAAAUACAAGGAAAAUGGAUGUACAACUGGUGCAUGCAGCAAGCCUCGUUAUGAAGUGAGGAACUGGCCCCUACACUUCCUCUUCCUCUUUUCGUCCGGACUGGGCCACGAAAUCUUCUACAUCACCUUUCUGCCCUGCAUACACUGGAACCUCGACCCCUUCCUCUGCCGACGCCUUGUCAAUAUGUGGACUAUGGUGAUGUACAUCGGCCAGGUAAUGAAGGAUGUGCUAAAGCUGCCUCGCCCUUUCUCACCCCCUGUGGUCAAGCUGGAGACACGAGUUGACGCUGAGUACGGGCUGCCCUCCACCCAUGCCAUGGCCGCCAUUGCCAUCUCCUUCACAUUUUUACUGAGUGCCCCCUCCAGGAUACAGUUCCAGUUCGAGGUGGGUCUGCUGCUGGCUGUGACGCUGUCCUCCAUGGUGUGUCUGAGCCGCCUCUACACUGGCAUGCAUUCAAUAUUGGAUGUGAUCUGUGGCGCUCUCAUCUCAGCUGUCAUCUUGUUCCUCACAUACCCCUACUGGGCAACUUUUGACCAUUUCCAGCUCACCAGCUGCAUCUCCCCUAUCGUAGCAUUGGUACUGCCCCUCUUCCUCAGCUACACAUACCCAGAGUUGGACCAUUACAGCACCACCCGAGGGGACACCACCACUAUCUUAGGCGUAGGAGCCGGGUGCUCUGUUGGAUACUGGGUGAACGAGCAGCUGGGGCAGACUUUUGAGCCCCAAGGGGUGUUACCUGUACCCCUACCCACACUAACAGUGAAUGCACUGGCAUUUGGCACCGCCCGCUUCCUUUUGGGAGUCGUAGCAUUAGUGGGAACUCGGCAAGUGAUGAAAACGGUAAGCCUGCAGGUGUUGUACUCGUGGUACAAAGUGCCAAAAAAUGACCAGAGUGCCAGGAGGAGGAAAGAGAUUGAAGUGCCGUAUAAGUUUGCCACAUAUACAGCUGUUGGACUUGUUAAUUCUAUACUGGUCAAUAGGGCCUUCAUUCUACUGGGGCUACUAUGA